AGGACAGAGGGGAAAUAUCUGCAAGCCUAGACCAGCUUCUCCGAGUUAGGGAAGAGGGAAGAGACAGUAAGGGUCCCCGUGCCAGCUCGGGACAGCUGGGAGUGGGCAAAGUUUAGGAGAGAGGAACACAAGGCAAGGAAGCUGAGACGCAGCUGAGGGAGUCGGGGGCUGGAAGCUGAGCCCAGGCCUCCCCACUGUCUCCUUGUGGUCUCUGCUACGCCUCCACUUUCUGCAUCUCCUGCACCUCCCACCCUCAGGCUAGGACCUCUGGAUCGAUCCCUCUGCACAACAUGCGGCUGAUGCCUCCCCUGGCUUUAGAGGGCACCUUUCUGGGCACAGAGAAGGCAUGGAGGCUGCUGCUGCUGCUGCUUCUCCUCAGGGUGGGCAUGGCCCCCAGCCAUGACUCUGAGCUAAGAGAGAGGGCCCAGGCCCUCAUGAGAGCCUACCCGCUCAUCGAUGGCCACAAUGACUUACCGGGAAUUCUGAGAUGGUUUCAUCAGAAUAAACUCAAGUACCUCGACUUGAGAACUUUCAACAAGAGCCAAACCAACAUCCAGAAGCUUCAGGCAGGGAUGGUGGGAGCCCAGUUCUGGUCGGCCUACGUCCCCUGCCAAACUCAGGACAAAGAUGCCUUGCGCCUAACCCUGGAGCAGAUCGAUGUCAUCAAGCGGAUGUGCAAUGCUUAUGAGGAACUGGAGUUCGUGACCUCAGCCCAAGAGCUGAAGGAGAGCCAGAAGCUGGCUUGCCUGAUUGGGGUGGAGGGUGGUCACUCUAUUGAUGGAAGCCUGGCCGUCUUGAGAGCAUUUUAUGAACUAGGCGUGCGCUAUAUGACUCUGACACACUUCUGUAACACCCCCUGGGCCCAGAGCUCCACCAUGGGCCUGCAUCACUCUUAUGAACAUGUGAGAGGACUAAGUGGCUUUGGUGAGAAAGUGAUAAAAGAAAUGAACCGUCUGGGCAUGAUGGUGGACCUCUCCCACACGUCUGAUGCCACGGCCAGAGAAGCAAUGAUUUUCUCUCAGGCUCCGGUGAUCUUCUCUCACUCAUCUGCCUUCUCCAUUUGCAAUGACUCAAGGAAUGUUCCAGACAGCCUCCUGAAGCAGUUGAAAAGAAAUGGAGGCAUUGUGAUGGUGACCUUGUCUGUAGGCGUGAUUCAGUGUAACCUGCUGGCCAAUAUCUCCACAGUAGCAGAUCACUUUGAUUAUAUAAAGAAGAUUAUAGGAGCUGAAUUCAUGGGGAUUGGAGGAGACUAUGAUGGUGUCGGCAAGUUUCCACAAGGCCUCGAAGAUGUCUCCAAAUAUCCUGCUUUGAUUGAAGAGUUGCUGAGGCGGGGCUGGAGUGAGAAGGAACUGCAGGGCCUGCUUCGAGACAACCUCCUGAGGGUCUUUCAGAAAGUGGAACAGGUGCGGCAAGAGAGCAAGAACCAGAGUCCCAACGAAGACAUGCUCUCUGAAGUAACAAUAGAUAAUCAGUGCCGUUCAACUUUCCAGCAGCUGGCAUCGCUGAAGCCACUUUGGAAUGGGCAGCCCCUCCUGAGCCCAGCCCUGCACCUCGCCACCUUUGCCCUUGUCCUCAUGUCCUCAGUGGGGCAGCUCUUCCCCUGAGAUGAAAGGUUGGGUAGAUCAGUGCCUAUCUCAGAACUGAGCUGGAGCCCUCAGUUUUGGCCUUUGGGAGAUGGACCCCAGCCUGGUCCAGGGGGACAGCUAUAUCCUCUUCUCCCACUCUGGUGUCCCUCUCUCCAUGGUUAGGUUACUGGCCCCCUUUAGGCAGCAGAGAAGGUUGUGAGGCAUUGACUCCCCCCACCCCCAAGCCUUCCUUUCCAAUGGUCACUUACAUUCCCAGUGGUUUUUCAUGAGAACCAGACUCAUCUGCUGGGAAUCAGCAAUGGAGACCUCAGGGGGGCCAGCCCAGCAGCACGUCUGAUGAGGGGAAACCAGACCUUGUCUGCCCUCUCUGCUUCUUACCCCCCAACUUGGAAAGGAUGUCUCAAGGCCAGUAAUUCAGACAGGAGAUCCAGCUCUUGAUGGGUCCAUGCUGGACUGUGGAGACUCAAGUCCUUGUCACCUUCACCCCUGAAACUGACCUUCUCUGACCUGACUCAGAUGCCUCUGGAUCCCUGGAACUUCCAUCUUCAGUUUAGGGUUCAAUGGAGUCUUGUCCCAUUCACAUUCACUUUCUGCUUUGAAAGUAAAGGGUGGUUUCUUUUUUAGCCCCAAAUUUAGCAUCGUAGCAUCUUCUUAGUAGUCUAUCUUUUGGCUUGCUGUGUCCUCUCUCCCUCCUUUUUCCCUUCUCAGGUUUCUAGCCCCUUGUUCUGAAUUUCAAUGAGAAAAUUUCUAAAUUUUCCCCUGGAAAGGCUGCUGGUAUUAGGUAGGGCACUGACUUCUACCCAACAACCCUUAUCCACUGACCUAGGUCAAAUGAAU